AUGGGUGAAACCAAGAAGAACAUGGGCUUUCCGUCGGCUUCCAGUUGGGUUUCUUAUGAGAAUGUAGCCGGAUUUACCUGUGAGCUGCUCUGGAAUAUGCGCAACCGGGCUGCUUGGGUCCUCGGUAGGAUUGCACCGUUCUCUAGAGAUGCGAACGUGGAGGAGGAUGGAGCGACUUAUUUUUACAAGUCAUCAGCGGAUGGGCCUGUUGACGAUUUCGCAAGGCCUAGGAAGAACAGUGGAACGGAAAAGUGCUGGCAGUGA